AGAGUUGAUUCUACCAUCCAGUAUUGCUGUGAACUUGCCAGUCACUAGACGUGCGCUGCUCUUAUCCCAUUACUUAGUUGUUGGCGAUACAAAACGGUGCAUCGGAGGGAACUCUCGAGCGCGCGCGCAAAUAAUCAUAAACUGCGAUGAUUAGUGUGUAGUGGGCCACCCGCCAGCCAAAGACACGUGCUCAGUGUAGUUUCAAUUUGUGCAGUAAGCCAAAAUAAAAACAAUGAUCAACCUGAGACGAGCACUCUCAAACCCAAAAAUUCUUGCCGGAACAAUCAUCGUGCUUGUUGCUAUAAUUGCCGUUGCCAUUGCGGUUCCCCUGGCCAUCAAUUCAAGCGAUAGCAGAGCAGACGAACCAAAUGCCUUCUUUGGUCGCACAGUGCUCGACGAGGUGCCACUUAUCGACGGGCACAAUGAUCUACCAUGGAACUUGUACAGCUUUUUGAGAAACCGCAUCAAUGACUUUGACCUGAACGCUGAUUUGAAGGCAGAUCCCACGUGGGGUGCAUCUUCAAGCAGUCACACGGACAUUCCGCGUUUGCUGGAGGGUAAAGUGGGCGCUCAGUUCUGGGUGGCUUACGUGUCCUGCACCACACAGUACAAGGAUUCCGUCGAACGAACGCUGGAGCAGAUCGACGUCAUCAAACGGAUGGUGGCCAAGUACCCACAGUACAUGAAGUACGUUACUUCGGCCGAUGGUAUUAUGGAGGCGUUCGAGGAGAAGAAAAUCGGAUCACUGAUCGCAGUGGAAGGAGGACAUUCAAUGGAUUCCCGCUUGGCAAUGCUGAGAAUCUUCUACGAACUUGGCGUUCGUUACAUGACGUUGACUCAUUCGUGUAACACCCCGUGGGCGGACGCAUCCCCGGUGGAUGCCAACAGUACGGCUGUGCUGAAAAAUGUUACCGAGUGGGGCAAGAAUGUCAUAUGGGAAAUGAAUCGGUUGGGAAUGCUGAUCGACAUUUCGCACGUCAGCCACGGAGUUAUGGUGGAUGUGCUGAGGGAGAGCAGAGCACCCGUUAUUUUCAGUCACUCGUCCUCCCACCAAGUGUUUCCGCACCACCGCAACGUGCAGGACGAUGUGCUGAAGAGCUUGAUUGAGAACAACGGAAUCAUCAUGGUUAACUUCUAUACUGAAUUCAUCGGUGGUUCUACGAUAGACUAUGUUAUUGAUCACCUGAAUUACAUCAAAUCCAUUACGGGUCCGAAUCAUGUUGGCCUUGGCGGGGACUACGACGGUGUCGACAGUACACCGCAAGGGCUCGAGGACGUUUCCAAGUAUCCUGAUCUGUUCGACAUGUUGUCGAACGGAGCGUACACCAAUGGAUCUACCUUCGAAGCGUGGACUCGCGAAGAGCUACAAAAACUCGCAGGACUAAAUCUGCUGCGAGUAUUCUACGACGUUGAAAGCGUUCGCGAUUCAAUGGUUGAUGUCAGCCCGUAUGAAGAUUUGAUCCCGUACCAGGAAUUCGUCGAUGCCGGCGUGGAAGAUCAACCUUGCAUGAGCGAUCUGGAUAUCCACAAGAGCUAAU